AGAUCCCAGACUCGGCCAACAGAGAUACGAGAGGAGAGGGCUAGAGCCAGUCCACUAGAGCCACUCAUCCAUAUCUAGUCAACUCCCACCGUUUACCUGCAGGAACCGAGACGGAGAAGGCGUUGUUGGUGUAUAUUUUUGUAUGAAUAAGUGUACCAAUCGUUGUAUCGCCAGUGCGACGUGUUUUUAAAAAUAAUUGAGUAAAACAGUGAAGCAUCCUUCCUAUUCAAGAUUUGGAGAAGUGUCGUGCGAACCAUGAGUGUAAACACAGCAGCUGGGAACAUAGACGAUAAGUAGGACUGCAGGUGCUUCAGCGAGAACGAUAGACUUCGACCUACAGCACUUUAUCAGCAUAACACCUAUGAAAAGAACUUCUUAUCUAAACGGGGCUGCAAGUAGACCUACGAGGUGCGAGAUGUCUUUGAGAAGAGACAAGGAAAAAAGGUGAGAUGGAUUCUCGCGGCGGCAGGUACGACAGCGACUGCAAAAGAGACAGCAGCAGGAAGAGCAGCAGCAGCAACAGCAACAGCGGCAGCAGAAGAAACAGCGGAGAUCAGGGUCUCUCUGGGCAGGGCGGUAGGGGAUCCCCUAGCUACUAUUACUACGGCGUAGGACCUGCUGGAGAAGUCACCGAACCCCACCGGGAAGAGGAGGACCUCUACGCCAGGAACAACAACGAUUACAGCAAGUACACCGGCGACCAUUUGCCCUCGACGUCGGACUACGGCUACUACGGCUCGGAGAGCUCCGCAGCGGGCGACUAUUCUUCCUCCUCCUCCUCCUCCUGCGAUGUGAAUUGCAACGAGGAAUACGGCACCGAUUACAGGUACAGUCAUCAACAACACCACCACUCUGGGAGCGGCAGUUACCCGCAGUGCCAACGGGGUUACGGCGGUUACGGCGACUCUCAAUGUUACGGUGACGCCCAGCGAGGCGGCUGCGGAAGUUGCAGUCCGUCUCAGUGCGGCGGCGAUCGUUGCGACCUUUACGGGUCCUGCGGUCAGCGCGAGUACCCUCCGCCGUCUCGCGUCCAAGUGACGGCCAAAGUCCUGUUCGGUUCCGUCAGUGCCAUAUCGAACCUCAAGCAGAAGAAGAGCUCCAAGAAGUAAGCUCUCUUGGCGAGUGCCAGAGUCCGGGCCAGAAUUGGCGGGAGACCCUGUGAAUGAAUUACGUGUCAUCGAUUUCAACCAGUUCCUUUCCACGUUGCGUUUUUUUUAUUUAUUAAACUGUUUUCUUACAGAUUUCCUCCAUAAGGAUGAUGAUACUACUUCUUUUCCCGCAGUGUGUUUCGUUGAGAUUCUUUGCAGUGCGGAUUUCUUUUCGUGAAUACUUCAUUCCUUAAUAACUGGCUUCCCCAAAGCCUCGUCCUUGAUGCUUUUUUGUUCCAUAUUCCAUGCUAAUACUUGUCUGUCCAUAUUCCAUACAGAUUCUUUUCUACCUUCCAGAAAUAUUCUCAUCCUAAAUAAAUAUACUCUUCAUAAGUAUAUUCCGUUGCAGUCUGGUUCUCAACAUUCUCACGAAAUGGAGAGGGGAAUAAUUCAUACUUCCUUAUCCGCUGCAUAACUUGACAAUUUUCCUAAUGCUAUCAACCUAAUAGACAAAAAAUACCAAAGGUAUCCAACGACGAAGGCAGUCUUUGACAAGAAAAAUGCCAUAGUACAUAAAAUCAGUGGCCUUGGUCAGUGAUAGAAUACUCCCUGCAGCUACUUGUCUCCUCUCCCGUUUGCUUACGUUACUAUUCUUCUUCGUUUUAUCCGCUUUGGGAUUUAAGCUUUUUAUUUAUGUUGAAUUGAAAUGCGGCAUAGUUUGUUUAAAUGUUUUUUCACUUCAUCGAAUUAUGGUUAUGAUUCAAUCACUAUAAUUCGUUUUUUUUUUUUUUACUAAAAGCAGCAUUAAUUCAUCCAUGAUUCUUUUUUCCGUAGUCCGAGCUUUGUCUUAUUGUCGCUUUCUAAUUUAUUUAAGGCUUUCGACAUAAGUACCUUCAAGAUUUGUUGCGCGGUAAUCCAUAUCUCGAGGAUUGAUUUACUUUGCGUAAUGUAUCGUGUGUCAUCUGUAGCACCCCGGACUUUCUUUCCUUUUAUAAACUCUUGUAUGUUACCAGUAGCUUUCAAGGCUGCCUAGUUUCUAAGUGGGUUAUAAAUCUCUCACAUUCGUCAUUGAUCGCUGGAGCUUUACAACAUUUGAUUAAUCACAGUGGUUAAUCACGUCACUCAUUUGUAAAGAUUUUUCCUUAUUUUGUAAUAUUAAGUUGUUAAUCAUAAGAACGUUAAGAUUAACAGUACUAUGAUAAGUCUAUAGUACUGAUUAUUCGCAUUAAUAGUCCGUUGUCCUAUUUAUUGCCUAUUUAUUUAAUAUUUAUUUUCUGCCAGAUUAAGGAACAUGUUUCAAAGGAGAUUUACGUGCCAUCAUAGUGUCUUAUUUUAAACAAAAGUCAGAUGGGCACCCAUGUGCCCCUGCUGACUAUAGAUCUUAGACAACGAAAAUGCCUAGCAUUCGAGUGGUUUCUGUAGAGUAUGUUUGUUUUACAAAAACUAAAAUGUAUUGUACAAAUUGAUGGAAAUAAAAAUCUAUUUUAUG